AGGCCGGCCCCGCCAAGCCGGCGCCAUUGCUGGAAGCGUUCCCGCCCUGCUCUGCGAGUGCCCUCAGUUGUCCUCAGUUCGGCCGCCAGAGAGAGAGCACAUGAGAGUCGGGGAGAAGGACAGAAGGAGCGGAAGAGAGAGAACCUCAAGCAGACUCCCCACUGAGCACAAAGCCCCGCAUGGGGCUCAGUCCCAUCACCCUGAGAUCAUGACCUGAGCCAAAAUCAAGAGUUGGACACUUAACCAACUGAGCCACCCAGGUGCCCUCCCCACCCCCUGGCAUGAUGAUUUAUUUUAGGAUAUGCCAUUGCAAGACUCCACUCUUGCCAGAGAGAGGAACCCAGAGGAAGAGAUUAUGGCUGCUGUGGUUUUUUCAGUUGGACCUCUGAAUCCAGAAGAUUCCCAGCCAGAUGAAGAACUUCACCUUCAGGCAGAAGAGCCGGAACUGGUAAAGGAUUCCGUGACAUUUAAAGAUGUGGCUAUAGACUUCACAUUAGAAGAGUGGAGGUUGAUGGACCCUUCACAGAGGAACCUACACAAGGAUGUGAUGCUAGAGAAUUAUAGGAAUCUUGUCUCCCUGGGGCUCGCAGUUUCCAAACCAGACAUGAUAUCUCAUUUGGAGGAUGGAAAAGGACCAUGGGUUGUAGUGAGAGAAAUUGCAAGAACCCCCUAUCCAGAGUUGGAGACCAAACAUGCAACCAAGAAUGUAUCAACUGCGGAUAUUUCUGAAGAUGUAUCACAAGAGACCAUAAUAGAUAAACUCACAGAGAAUGGUCUAUGGAACUCCAGAAUGGGAGGAUUAUGGAAAUGGAAUGAAAGGAUAUUGAGAUUGCAAAAUAGUCAGGAAAAUCAUUUGAACCAAAAAAUAGUUACUCACAAGAAAAUUCCCUCUGGUCAAAGAGGCUUUAGAUUUGGAUCUAUUCUUUUUCCUGAAGCAGGAGUCAUAAGAGAAGAACCCCACAGCAAAUGCCAAAUACGUGAAAAUUUCACUGAGAAUUUAGAUUUUAUUACAGAUACACAUAUGGGGAAGAAAAUUUGCAAGGAUACAGAAGGCAGCAAAGCCAUAAGGCCUACUUCAGAACUUAUGUUAGGGAAAAAAUACAAUAAUAAAGAAAAGCCCUAUAAAUGUAGUACAUGUGAAAAGUCCUUUCGUUAUAGGUCACUACUCAUUCAACAUCAGAGAACUCACACUAAAGAAAAACCUUAUGAAUGUAAUGAAUGUGGGAAAAUGUUCAGCCAGCCUUCAUAUCUCAGUCAACAUAAAAAAAUUCACACUGGAGAAAAACCCUAUAAAUGUAAUGAAUGUGGAAAGGCCUUCAUUGCUUCUUCAUCACUUAUGGUACAUCAGAGAAUUCAUACGAAGGAGAAACCUUAUCAAUGCAAUGUCUGUGGAAAAUCUUUUAGCCAGUGUGCUCGCCUUAAUCAACACCAGAGAAUUCAAACCGGAGAGAAACCCUAUAAAUGUAGUGAAUGUGGGAAAGCUUUCAGUGAUAAAUCAAAACUUGCAAGACAUCAGGAAACUCACAAUGGAGAGAAGCCCUACAAAUGUAAUGAUUGUGGGAAAGCCUUUAGGAAUAAGUCAUAUCUUAGUGUACAUCAGAAGACCCAUACUGAAGAGAAACCAUAUAAAUGCAAUGAAUGUGGGAAAUCUUUCAAGAAUACCACAAUUUUUAAUGUCCAUCAGAGAAUUCAUACUGGAGAGAAACCCUUUAGAUGUAAUGAAUGUGGGAAAGCCUACAGAAGUAAUUCAAGCCUUAUUGUACAUAUAAGAACUCAUACUGGGGAAAAACCCUAUGAAUGUAAUGAAUGUGGGAAAGCAUUCAAUCGUAUAGCAAAUUUCACAGAACAUCAAAGAAUUCAUACAGGAGAAAAACCUUAUAAAUGUAAUGAGUGUGGGAAAGCAUUCAUUAAUUAUUCAUGCCUUACUGUACACCACAGAAUGCAUACAGGAGAGAAACCUUAUAAAUGUAAUGAGUGUGGAAAGGCCUUCAUGCGUUCUUCAUCCCUAAUUAUACAUCAGCGAAUUCAUACUGAAGAGAAACCUUAUCUAUGUAAUGAAUGUGGGGAAUCUUUCAGAAUAAAAUCACACUUAACUGUACAUCAGAGGAUUCAUACUGGAGAGAAACCAUAUAAAUGUAAUGAAUGUGAGAGGGCAUUUACCAAAAUGGUAAAUCUCAAAGAGCAUCAGAAAAUUCACACUGGAGUGAAACCUUAUAAAUGCUAUGAUUGUGAAAAAUCUUUCAGGACUAAGUCAUACCUUAUUGUACAUCAAAGGACACAUACUGGAGAAAAACCAUAUAAGUGUAAUGAAUGUGAGAAAGCUUUCACUAAUACAUCACAACUUACUGUACAUCAAAGAAGGCAUACUGGAGAAAAACCCUAUAAAUGUAAUGAGUGUGGGAAGGUUUUCACAAGUAACUCAGGCUUUAAUACCCAUCAGAGAACGCAUACGGGAGAGAAACCAUUUAAGUGUAAUGACUGUGGGAAAGCAUUUAGCCAGAUGGUACAUGUCACAGAACAUCAGAAAAUCCACAGUGGAGAGAAACCCUAUAAAUGUGAUGUCUGUGGAAAAGCCUUUAGGAGGGGUUCAUACCUAACAGUGCAUUGGAGAACACAUACUGGAGAAAAACCCUAUACAUGCAAGGAAUGUGGAAAAGGUUGUAUCACCCUAUCGCAGCUAACUCUACAUCAGAGAAUUCAUACUGGGGAAAGGCCCUAUAAAUGUGAAGAAUGUGGGAAAGCCUUCAGAACCAACUCAGACUUUACUGUACAUCUGAGGAUGCAUACUGGAGAAAAACCCUAUAAAUGUAAUGAGUGUGGAAAAGCCUUUAGGAGUAGCUCAAGCCUUACUGUUCAUCAAAGAAUACAUCAAAGAGAAAUUCAGCUAAUAUAAAGAUUAAUAAAUCAUUCAUCCAGAUGCCAACUCCACAAGAAGAAUCAUAAACUGUGUCUUUUAUGAAUGUGGGGAAACUUCCAGGAGCAGUUCACCAGAAAAUACACACUUAAGAGAUACUUUAGAGGGGGCGCCUGGGUGGCUCAGUCGGUUAAGCAUCUACCUUCAGCUCAGGUCAUGAUUCCAGUGUCCUGGGUUCAAGCCCCACAUCGGGCUCCCUGCUCAAUGGGGAGUCUGCUUCUCCCUCUGCCCCUCCCCCUGCUCUUGCUCUCUCUCAAAUAAAGAAAAUCUUUUAAAAAGAGAGAGAUACUUUAGAAACAUAAGAAUGUGGUAAAGCAUACAGUUAUAUUAAAUCUUAGAAGUUCUAAGAAAAUUCACAAUAGAGAAAAAUAAUGGACAAAUGAAAGUAUUCAUCCAGAUUUCAUACUUUAUUCACUUAACAAAUCAUCUUCAAUGAAUUGCCUAUGUAUUUUUUGCCUAUUUUUCUAUUGGUUUGUCUUUCUCAUCAAUCUGGAGGUGCUCUUUAUAUAUUUGAAAUAUUAAUCCUUUUUCAUGUGUGUUGCAAAUUUUUUUAAUCUAGUGAUUGUCUUUAUGCUUUUUUAUAUAGUAAAAGAGUUUAACAUUUUAAUUUUUCAUAGUAAGAUAUUUAUACAUUUUCCUUUUAGAUUGUUAAUUUACUCUUUUAGUUAAAAGGGUUUCCUUAAUCCGUAGGUUAUACAAUAGUCUCCUAAAUUUGUUUACAUUAAAGUCUUUAAUCCGUCUGGACUAGAUGGCCAGUCAUAGAAGAGUAAAUGGCCAUUAAUCUCUGAAAAUGUUAUGAACCUAAGGAGUACUCAGGGAAAUGCAAAUUAAGACAACCAAUGAGAUGUCACUUCCACUUCGUGGAGCUGGCAAAAAUUAAGAGAUCUUUUGCUAGUGGGUUUUGGGGAACCAUCUACUUUUACAAAAAGGUUAUAUCAACUUAUAUUUCCACCAGCAAUUCAGCAAUAUAUAUUUAAAAGUUUUUAAAUAAAAUUUUAAAAUAAAAAUACUUUGACCUAGCAGUCUCAGUUUGGGAAUCUGUCCCCACAGAAAUAACAUCAUCAAUGCAUAAAAAUACAAAUAAGGAGUUCCAUCGAAGUAUCGUUUGUAGAGACAAAGUAGAAAACCAAAUGGAGACAAAGUGAAUGCCCAUUGAUGGGGGAAUUGUGAUAUAACCAUUCUAUGGAACAGCAUGAGAGUAAUUUUUAAAAUUAGUUAUUUCUACAUUAGUUUAUCUCAAGGUAUUUCCACAAAUUUUAAUAACUAAUUGCUUUAUUACAGAGCUUUAUGUGUACAGGAUUUUAUUUUUGUUAAUGAUUAUACCCAUUUAUGUAUAUGUGUAUGUGUUGAGCAUGGAAACAAGUAUAUAUACCAGAAGAAUAUAUACCAGGCUGUUAUUAUUGGUUAGCUUGAAGGGAGGGAGAAAAGUAGGGAGAUAAAUGGGGGAAAGGACUGGAAUUUUUUUUUAAUUUAAAUGCAGCAUGUAUGGCUUAAAACUCAAUGUAAAACUGUAUUUGUGUGAACUUUUGAGAACCAUGAAUGAAAGGAUGUUGUCUUCAGAUCUCUAUGAUUGUGGACUCUCUAAAAAAAAAAAGAAUGUUGUCUUCAGAUCUCUAUGAUUGUGGACUCAUCUCUUAUUUCUGUCAAUGUUUGACUUUAUUUUUUGAAGUUGUAUUAUUCAGUACAUAUAAACUUAGCAUUGUUAUAUCUU